GCUGUGAUGGCUGCAGCAGCUGCAGCGUCAGGGGCAAAUUUAAAAACUUCUGGCGCCUUCAACCUUGAGGUACUCAGUACUAGCGUAGUUAGUGCAACAGUAAAGUGCAACCAUACCGGACAAAUCGCUGGCAUGCUAAGGUUGGAAAACAGUGUUGGUGGAUUUUCAAUCAAUGAAAUGUUGAUUUCCAAUUCUGUGCGUCUCCUUCAACAAUUUGUUAGUACUGCUGAGAAAGGAGGA